AAUCAGUCUACAGAAAACGCGUACGUGGUGCAGAAGUAGCCGCGGGUGGCUACCACAGCGUCGUUUUGGACUUGUCGGCAUGAUCAAUUAAGUGUAACGCCCCGUACAAGUUCUGUAAGUUUCCAGCUGCAACAAAAUCAAUCCAAAUUCAUGAGAAGCAAAUGAAAGCCAAACAAAUGCAAAUAGCAAUCUGCCGAUUUACUGUGUCCAAAGUGUUUGAAAUAAGUGACAAAACCCGAGGAUUUGUAAGCCAAUAACAAUCAAAAAGUGGUGGCAACACAAACAUAUUAAAUCAAGGAUAACCAAGCUUAUUUUGUAUUUUUAUAAGCAUAAACGCUGUGCUAAAAACCCGAUAAGUGCUUUAAACUCUAACAAACUACUUAAGUAUUAAAUAAUUUAAAAUUUUGAUACUAGCCCAAAACAUGCCUUAUUCAAGGAGUUAUCGCAAAACGUUACACUUAGGAUUAAAGAUGCUCUCUCUGGCCAGAGACAUUUAAUAUCAUCCAAAAUGGCUGCAUCCAUAUAUGCCACCCCACCGCCAGAUCUGAGCAGCGAGGACACUGCUCUCUCCGACGUCUCCAACUCAUCGACACUCAACACGAACAGGAACAACCACACCAGCGGCGACAGCAGCAACAAUCCACAUGAAGCCGCAGGAGCAACACCCACAGCCACGUCAGCCACAACCAGAGGAGCAACUGGAGCAGGAGAAGUGGGAAGCACUUCACCCGCCGCCCAUUUGGUGCCGGCAAUGGAGCUGCAACUGGAGCCGAAGCCGAAGCCAGCGGGAAGCGGAGCAAAUGAGGCGGACCAAUUGGAGGAGGCAGAGGAUGGGCGCAAGGAUGCGGAUGCGGAGGAGGAGGCUGGCGAUGCCAACAUGGCCACCAUGGCGGCAGCCAUGCAGCUGCAAAUCCUGGAGGCCCUAAGUGAUGCGGCCAAGAAGCGUCGCAAGCAGCACAAUCCCAGCCGCUUGGAGGCCCUCAAUUUGAGUGGAGAGCCCACUGGUGAAGUGGGUCAAAAGAAAGCAGACUCCUCCACCGUGGACUUCGAGGAGAAGUUGUCCAAGAUGUUCCUUCCCAAGUCGAUUGAGCAGCUAAAGGAGACCUUCGAAAUGCUGCAGCACCAGAAACAAGAGGAGGAGCAACCGGAAACGGGAGAAGAAACGGAAGCGGAAGCGGAAGCCAUGGCAGACAUAUCAGAAUCCAGCAAGCAGCGCGAAAACCCAUACCACACUUACUGCAAGCAGUGCGGCGAGAGCUUCGAGACCGAGUUCAAGUUGAGCCUGCACAUGUUGCAGGAUCACGGCGAGGAAAGGUCCGGCGAUCAGGAUCCCGCUGACUUCCUGGCCUCCAUCAAGGUGAAGCUGGAGCGCGCCGACAUUCCCAGUCCGCAACAGGAGCAGAAUCUGCAGCACGACCUUACCAAUGGUCAUGGCAAGGACUUGGAACGGGAGCAGGAACACUGGUUCCAGGCCAUGCAGGCGCAGCAUCACCCACACGGGCCACAAAUGCCGCCUGCUUUUCCCUUUCCCCCAGAGGCAGCCUUGGGACCAGCUGGCUACCUGCCACUGCUCGGCAUGUCCGGCUUUCCGGGAGUGGAUGGCCUGAACCGCCCUCCGCUGAGGAUCUUCAAUCCCGAGGCCUACUGCGAGCUGUGCAACAAGGAGUUCUGCAACAAGUACUUCCUCAAGACCCACAAGGCCAACAAGCACGGCAUCUUCGAUCCCGUUGGCGAGUCGAGCACCAGCAACACCUCCAGUCACCACAAUAACAACAACAACAGCAUCAGCAGUAGCAACAACAACAACGGUGGUCACCCCAAUCCCAGUAUGAGUUCCAUGAGUCAAAUGUUCCAGCUGCAGCGGGAGGCUCAAGCGGCGAAGCAGGAUCCCACCACACCAGCUGGCGGAGCAUCCAAUCCGGUGGCCUCUGUGCACUGCGACAUCUGUUCCAAGCGUUUCACCAACAUAUUCGCCAUGCGUCGCCACCGGGCCAAGCAGCAUGAGGCACAACCAGUUGCCCAAGUUUCACCCAACUCCCAGGCACCCAUUCAACCGCAAUCGCUUCGGGGAAGCCCCAACGAGCCACCACAGCCAGCUAUAAAGCAGGAAUUGUCACAGGAAGCGGAGAUCAAGCCCUAUCAAUUGCCCGAGGGUUUCCGUGAGGACUUCACCCUGGAGCAGGAGGAGCUGAGCUUUGUGCCACCGCCUCGAAAGUUGCCCUCCCAUCUGCAGCAACAGGCGAAGGACUCGAACUUCAAUCCGGACAAGCUACGUCGCCUGGGCGUCCAGUUUCCCGACUUCUUCUGCGAGCUGUGCUACCGGGAGUACGCCAAUCGGUACUUCCUGCGCACUCAUAAGUGGAAGCGCCACGGUCUGUUUGUGCCACCCGAAGAUGUGGCACCACAGCCAGGUGGCAAGGAUGAAGCCCACAUGGCUAGUGCUUGGCCCUUUAUGCCACUCAAUCUGAUGCUGGCCAAGGCAGCAGCAGCCACAAUGGACCAGCAGGAGCAGGAGCGCGAACCGGAAGCGGAAACGGAGUCAGAGCAGCCCAGUAAGAGGAUCAAGUUGGAGCAGGGACAGACACCGCCGGAGGGAUACGACGAGGAUAAGCUGAAUGGCUCGGUGGUCGGCUUGCAGAAUCUUCAGAAGCUGCAGUCCAUGUUGCAGCAACUGAACGACAUCAAUGGCAAACGCCCGCUGCCCUGUCAUCUUUGUGGCCAGGAGCAGGAGAAUCAGUAUACUCUAAGGGCUCACUUGAUGACCGAGCAUGCUGGCCAGAUGCAACUGCCCAUGCCCAUACCGAUUCCACUGCCCGAUCAGCAGGCCCCACAUCCCAUGGCCAGUCUGUACCAUGCCCAGGGAAAUCCGCAAACUCCGCCGGCCCCAGGAGCCAGAUCCCCGCCAGGCUGUGAUCUCCGCUGCCAGCAGUGUGAUCGCGACUUUGCCACACCCCAGGAAUUCAAGCAACAUAUCGCCGAGGUGCACUUGGGCAGAAACGGAGGGCUGAGCGGCAGUCCCCUGCGCGAGGGUUUCUUCACACCCGAACGCCCAGUGGCGCCGUCAGCGGGCGGACCCGGAACCCCAGCCGCUCCCGCUGGAAAUCGUCCACCUUACACCCUAACACCCACAAGCAGCUACUGUGAGAUUUGCAACAAGGAGCUGUGCAACAAGUACUUCAUGAAGACGCACAUGCAGCGGAUGCACGGCAUCGAGAUCGAGAAUGGCGCCCAGAUCGGCGGCGUGGUCUGCAACAUAUGCAACAAGGAGCUGUGCAGCAAGUACUUUCUGCGGGUGCACAAGCACAACACCCAUGGCAUUAUCGAGGAGGGAUCUCCACUGCCACAACCGAGGGGUCAGAAUGGAGUCAAACUGGACGCAGCCGCCGCAGCAGCAGCAGCUUCACAGCCAUCGCAAGCGCAGCAGGAUCAGGACCUCAAUGUGUCACCACCCACAGUGGAGGGCAGUGGCGGCGGUUCAUCCAACUCUGCCCACGAGGUGUGCCCACUAUGCUCUCGCCAAUUCCGCAGCUUCAAGUGGCUGCGAUCGCAUCUGAUGAACGAACACGGAACCGCCGGAGUGGAACGCCUCCGGGAAAUGGAAACUACCCAAUCCUCGACGCGCAGCAAGCCAAACAGUCCCACGCUCAAGAUUCCCAACGGAAGUGGCAGUAACCCAGGAGCAGCGGGUGCCGGAGCCGGAAAUACCGCUCCCAAUCUCGCCCAGGCUCUGCAAAAUCUCAAUGCCCAGCAUCUCUUUGGCCAAAUGCAACAGCAGCAGAUGCCCAAGAUGCCUCCACUUCCAUUGCCCGGAAUGUUUGGCGAACAGGCGGCCAGGUUCAAGGAGUACCAGUGCUCACUGUGUCCCUUCACCACGCCCUACUACGCCUUCUUGUUCAUCCAUGAGCGAUCGCAUGCUCUGCUCAACAACGGAGGUGAGGGCAUGGAGUUGCCCAUGGAGACGCCGGCACCACAGCCCUCUAGAAGUUCGGGUAAAUCACGCAGCAAGUCCAACAAAUCCGUGGUGGCACCUCCUCCCAGUAAGCCCGAGGAAACAGAGCCUCCUCUGGAGCCCACCAAUCUCAGCACCUCAGCACCCAAGGUCGCAUCUCGUUCCCCCUCAACUGGGGCAGGAUCUCCUCCCGCCUCCUCUCCUAAGGCAGCCAGCUCGACUUCGCCCAAGACUCAGCGCCGUCGAUCCACCUCCAAGCCACCAACGACGCCAAAUGCAUUGGGCAGUACAACUGGCGGCCAUCGCUCGGCGGCCACCUCGCCCUUCGAGGGCUGCGGGGAAUUGGCCAACGGCGUUGGCAAGCCGGCCAGCUACGCCCAGCCGGAUGGGGCAGAGGAAGCAUAUCAGAUGCAGGCCUUCCACCUGCAGCCCGCCGACCCGGACUCCGAGAUGCAGUUCGCACCUGCCCUGGUGUACCUGCCCGUCCGCGUUCGCGCUUCGGAGUCGGCCACGCUCAGCUUCCGGCUAACACCUGCCUAAAGGUGCCACAUGCAACAGGUAUAGUGUUGCCAGCGUAAGUUCAACCCAUAGAAACCAAACCAAAGCCCCACAAAGUCUCGGGAUUGGAGCACUCUAAAAAACGUGCGUUCUUUUCAAUCCAUUUCUGUCUUAAAUUCCAUACCUUAAACGUUUUUAGGAUUAACGCAAAUUCUUGAGUGUUCCGAUCCCAGGAACUACCAGACCCCCAACUACAUAGUUAAGCAAACGAAGUUAGGAACUUGAAAAAGACAAAAUAGUGGAACUACAAAAGACUGAGUGCGCAUAUUAGUUGAGCUCAUUAUUAAUCUUAAAUAUACAAAAUCCAUAACACAACAAUCUAUCAAUAUUUAAUCGAUCAAUAUCGAGCCCAAAAGUUGACCAUGUCCAACAUGGCACUGAUCAAAUCUGCAGUCUAUAUAACCCAAGAAGAACAAGUCCGUUUCAGCUGGCAGCACUGUGCUAAUCAUCAAAAUAAGAUAUAUACACAUAUAUAGAUAUAUUUUGAUAGACGCAUGACAAAGCAUAAACCAUAACAUACCGCAACCUAUAACAUAUAUCUCUAGUGAUUAACUAUCAAAGUUCCUAUGCGUAAUAGUAAUCUAUCGCAAACGAGUUGCAGAAGAGGAGACGAGAUGGUCAGAGGAAUCUAAAUACGUACAUAGAUUAGGCGAGGGGAAGG